GACUGUAACGGUACUUCUGUUUUUAAGGCUAAUAGAAAACAUGGAUAGUGAGACAGACAUUUAAAUAUAUUUCUAACCUUCAAUAUUGUUAUCUCAGGCUCAUGUUAAGCAAAGAUUUAGAUAUAUACAAUCAAGAUUAAUCAUUUGAGAACAUUUGAAUUUAUUAAUUUUUAUUUGGAUUAUUAAUAUUGACAUCAAUAUAAAUAUAUAUAUAUAUAUAUGAUCUUUAUAUUACUGCUAUGACGGAUAAAGCACCAAUUAAAACAAAUAAACGUCUACAACAAACUCAAGCUCAAGUUAAUGAAGUUGUUGAUAUUAUGAGAGUUAAUGUUGACAAAGUAUUAGAAAGAGAUAAAAAUCUUUCUGAACUUGAUGGUCGAGCUGACGCAUUACAAGCUGGUGCUUCUCAAUUCGAAGCUAGUGCUGGUAAACUGAAAAGAAAAUUUUGGUGGAAAAAUUGCAAAAUGCUAGCAGUAUUGGGUGUACUAGUAGUUAUUUUAAUUAUCGUAUUAAUUGUAUGGGUCGUUUCUGAACAAAAAAAUAAAGUUGAACAAAGUGAACAUUCAUCUCAUCGUCUUGUGAUGGAUAACACAUCGCAUUUAUUAUCGGAACCAGUGAUGAUGGAGCAUUCAAGAGAAGGAAAACCAAUUUUUCCUGAUGAUCAUAUGAUAGGUUCGAAUGAAGUAAAUAGUGGAACGCCACCGUCUUUUAAUUCUAAUAGAAUAAAAUCCAAAGGUUUUGAGAAAUUACGAUCACCUCCAUUGUCGUUGCCAACUUCUCCUUCGUAUUCUCCCUCUUUCUCUUCGUAUCCCUCUUCAUCUCAACAUCAUUUUGAAAACAAUGAAACAUCAUUGUUUUAAUUGGGUAUUUCUUCAUGAAUCGAUUAUUGAUUAAUCUCCGAAUUGUGCCUGGGAUCAGUUACCACUACACAUAUUCAUUUUCAUGUGUACACCAUUGUUGUUAAUUGGUGAUAGUCAGUUUAAACCAAAAUAAAUGAUAUUUAUUUAUUUAUUUCAUGCACAUAUAAAACAAGAGAUCAUAUAACAUUGUUUUAUUCUCUUUCUUGCUCACUUGUUCAUCUGUUUUUGACUCUUUUACAAAACUCAAAUCAUCGAGACCACAUAUUCAUCAAUUAAUACAUGUGCAUUGACAAAUUGUGUAAUGUGUUUUAAUCUAUUUUUAGUGUACAUCUUUGUCUGUCUAUCCGUAUGUCUUUGUCUGUAUGCCUUUAUGUAAUUAUGUAUGUGUAUUACCCAGAUAUUAUCGUUAUUAAGACUACUAUGACAACUAUUAUUACUUCUUAUUUGAUAGAAUAUUACAACUUAUCUCUGAUCUUUCCUUCCUUUACUCUCGUAUGUCGUUUUUUCCUUUUUUUCUAUUUUUAUGUGGAUUAAUAUAUGAAAUAAAACAGAAGAAACAAUUAAUAUUUGAUAAUUUCUCUAGGUUGUUCAUUUUGAUGUUCUCUAUGAUAAUGGUGAUAAAGUUCUUUGCAUUUGUUAUUUU